AUGAGAUUCACCGCUACUGCCGUUUCUAUCGUUGCCCUUCUUGGUGCUGCUGUUGCCCAACAAACCUCGGGUGAUAUCACUGUUAACACUCCUGCAUCCCUCGUCCAAUGUCAACCCGCUGCCAUCUCAUGGACCGGUGGUACUGCACCUUACAUUAUCUCCGUUAUCCCCGGUGGUCAACCAUCCGCUGCCGCCCUCGAGACCAUCAAUGAUAACGAGUCAGGAAACUCCUUGACAUGGACUGUAGACAUCGCUGCGAACACAGAGAUCACCAUCAAGCUUACGGACAGUACAGGAGCGAUCCAGUAUUCGUCCCCCGUCACUAUCCAAUCCGGUUCCGACUCAUGUUUGAACGGCUCUUCCGCCUCUGGCUCUUCCUCAGCUACAGCCUCUGGAGCUAGCGCAGCUUCUUCCGGUGCUGCCUCUAGUGUUUCUUCCGCUUCAGGUGCUUCCGGAGCUUCCACUUCAGCUGCCUCUGGUGCUUCCAAAACCACUGCCACCGCUACCGCUGCUACUUCAACUGUUACCGGUUCCGCCUCUGCAUCAGCUGCCUCAGGCUCAGCCACCUCCAGAGCCUCUACUCCCGCUUCUUCUGGUUCAGCCUCAGGAUCUUCAGCCUCUGCCUCAUCUACCGGUGCCAACUCCGGUGCCCUGCCAAAUGGUAUGGUCGCUGUUCCUGCUGUCGUCUUCGCUGCUUUGGGUGCUAUUGUCGCUCUCUUCUAA